AUGCGCACAGGGAGGGAUGCCCCGAGCAGGAGGGAGAAGCGGGAUCCGAAGGGCGUAAACCGUGCCGGGCUCUCCAAUCAGCCCCGGGAGGUUUGGCUCCGGGCGGAUAAAUGCGGGGCCGGACCGGGCGGGGGAUGCGAGCCCCGGGAGCGCGGCUGGAGCGGGAUGAGCGCAGGGGGAGCGGGGCAGGGCUCGGCCCGCAGCCCCCCGGCCGUCAGCGGGACCCCAUCCCCGCAGCCCCCCCGGCCCCGCACCUCCUUCCUCAUCCAGGACAUCCUGCGGGACCGGCCCGAGCGCCGCGGGAGUGCGGAGGAGGAGGAGAUGGGAGCGGUCAGUGAGGAGGGGAGAGGGGCCAGCCCGGCCCCGGGGGUCGCCCCUGCGGGUUCCCCUUCCCCGGGAGCCUCGGGGACAGCGCAGGGACCGGACACAGCCACCCCGGUGGAGCCGUUCCUGCCCCCCGUGACCCCCCGACCCUCCCGGCAAGGCAAACGCUCCCGAGCCGCCUUUUCCCACAGCCAGGUGAUCGAACUGGAGCGCAAAUUCAGCCACCAGAAAUACCUGUCAGCCCCGGAGAGAGCUCACCUGGCCCGGCACCUGCAGCUCACCGAGACCCAGGUGAAGAUCUGGUUCCAGAACAGGAGGUACAAGACCAAGAGGAAACAGCUGGUGGCCGGGAUGAGCCGCUUGGACUCGCGCCAGGGAGCGCCGGAAUUCCCGGGAAUGUCGCUGCUGGCACUCAGGGGGGCCUGGCCCUACCUGCCCUGCCUCUAUUACAUCAAUUCCUGGAGCCCCUCCUGGUAG